GUGAGGUGUCGGUGCCUGCGAUGGACAGUGAGAGUCAGACCUCUGCACUUGGUAGCGUCUGCGAUUACCCCAGCUGAUAUAGCGAGCAAUGUCAGGAAUCUUGGAGAGUCGCUAGACACGAACGAUUAAAUUGAUGUUGCCAGCUGCUCUGGACGUAGACAAAAACGGAAACGACUAUGAACCAAGAACUAGACCAAAUCUGAGCACAUUGAAUAGUGCCGAAAGCAUAAAGAAAUGGAUCCCAAGUAUAAAAGCUGAUAUUGACUUCUAUCUGAAGCAAUCGGAAGUCCCAUGCUAUCCAGAAUGGAAGAUUGAGGAAUUUCAAACAGAAAUUGAAUACCUACAGCGACAGUACAAGAGCUUCGUACGAAAGCUCCAAAAGAUUGAACCUACAACAACCGAAAUACCGUGGACUGAACGCGCAUACAAAGUGAAGAAGCGGUCUCUUCCUCUAGAUUCGAGCAGCCAUGAUAUUGCGGGACCCGUCGUCACGUCAGAUCCGUCUCCCUUGGGAAGCAACACCGGAAAGCCGAAAGCCUUCAAGAGAAUUUCGCUGCCCGUGCUGGAGAGAGAGGAGCCGCCGCCGUCUUCAGCACAGGGCGAGCAACUCGACUUGUUUCGUCUCGCCGGUCAGGACAAACCGCUCGAAUUCGAUGCGCGACAGACAGCGACCGCCCGCGCGUGCGACGAGGUCGGCGGGGAAGCAGACGCGCGACGGACAGCGACCGCCCGCGCGUGCGACGAGGUCGGCGGGGAAGCAGACGCGCGACGGACAGCGGGGGUCGUCGCCAAGGGAAGACCUGCGCGUCGUCUCCACGGCAACGCCGCUGCGGGCGAGCGGGGGGACCCCAGCGCGGAGAUCGUGCGUCGUCACGGCGACGCCUCGGCUGACGACGACGACGUGGCGUCGUUGGCGCGCGACGUACGCGGGCGGUCGCCGGCGUGGUGCGAGAGCGGUGAGAAGGCGACAGAGCGGCGUAACGUUCUUGGUCUCGAGUACGAGUCGUCGGACAGCGAUGAGUGAGCGUAGGUACGUCGAUCGCCGACUCGCUCGUUGACGCUCGUACGGAAAACAUUGUCGCCCAGCACUCGUUUGUAAACACGAAACGUAGGCGACGUUUCGACAUGUAGCCAUGUUAUCAUAGUACUGUUUUUAACUACACUUCUUUGAUAAGACCAUGCCAUUCUAUAAUUGUAAUCGUUGUGAUUUUUCCGUAAACAGUACUGGUCGGCAUAGUGUCGUUUGAAAACUUGUCCGGAGUUGUGAGAAGUGUCACCGGCGAGUUUAUCUGUUGAGAGAAUGCUGGCCGAUGUAUCAUGGUAGGUGGAAUCACUCUGUGUAUGCAGAAUAUGGUAAUAUGUACAUAUAUAUAUAUACGAAACUGUUUAAAAGUGUUUGAGAGACUGUUACACAUUUCAGUUUAUUAUAUUUUUUAGUUAAAUUUGGUGAGGUUAUAUUUAUACAAACAGAAUAUUUAAUAUAAUUAUUAUUGAGACUGUUUAAAUGAUUGGUAGCAUACAAAUAAUAUCAAUGUAAAUAGUUUUCAGUGCAUUCUCCGUCCAGUAGUUGAAACUUACGUACGUGAAAUUUCACCUACUAUAAAUAGCAACUAUCAACAAUAGUAUCAAAGGUUAUGUUCAUUAGGAGACUGACCUUUCGAAAAUGAUGCUCCAUAAUAGUUUUCUUGAGCAGCGAUGCUAGUAUGUAAAUAAUAAGUUUAUCACAUAUUUAAUAUAGACCAUGCCUAUAUACAUCUGACAGAGUGAGUCGUCAUCGACGCGUAGCAGGCACGCGUGCACGCGAUAGAACCGUACCAUACUGCAGUCACUAUUCACGAGACGUGUCUGCCCCUUACUCUGCAUGCACUAGCACUCGUUUGCGCGCGGAAGUUACUAAGGCUGUGCGAUCGGUAUAUGUCUAUACAUUGACAGCAUUUCGCGCCAAGCUUACACACUGUAUUGGAGCUGGAUCGCCUAGCACUACGUAUACGCGUUUCUGGCUGUGAUACAUCGUCAUGGUUGUCGUGCGACCGUUGACAGGCUUCAAGCAUCGCGGCACUACGUCUGUCUUAUUCGUGGCGCUAAACUUACUCCUGGCAUAACUACGGCACUACAGAUAUGCGAACCUGCGUGCUAAACUUACAUCGUACACUAGACAGAGCUACGUUACUAUAGACGUGUAUAGCCAAACACGCACCUUGGCAGGACUACGCCGAUAUGGUUGCCCGCCGUAUAUAUACAACUUGCGCUGUAAGUUUGGUGCGCUGCUACGGUUGCGUACCAAACUCACACAGUACCAAUGACCAGUGCACAAUAGCUGUGAGAGGCACCCCGCUUUGCCUAUUAGCAUUAAUCUGUGAGUGUGCACUGUGUCGGGGCGAUACUAGAUGUGUCACAAACUGAUACUGAAAUCAUUGCUCGCAAAGGAAUCCUACGCGCGCACACACACAGGUCUACAUCUAUUCUUCAUUAGUAACACAUAUUCCGCAGGCCAGUACACGCUCGUGUGUGUAAUUAGCAAACGUAGGUAUAUAUACUACUAUACAAGCUGGAGAAUACUAAAUGGCACAUAAAAAUAGCUUUAUAUUAAAUGUUCGAUUAUACCUAAGGGGACAUGACCUUAUACAAUAUCGGCUCAUAUAUGUACAGAUGCUACAAAUAUCAUUUAUCGGUAUCUAAAAAAACAAGUACAUAUAAUACAAUGAUUGUCGGCCACAGAGUGUAAGUGAUUGGAGUUUCACGGGUGCAAUUCUAUCAUGUAUUGUAUACAGCGAAGAUGACACACACAAAUAUAUAUAUGUAUAUAUAUAUAUAUAUAUAUAUAUAUAUAUAUAUAUAUAUAUAUAUAUAUAUAUACUAUUCAAUUACGAAUGUCAGUAGUGGCAAUGAUGCCUUGUCUAGCGGCAUAAAUCAUUAUGAGCUGUUAGUUGAAAUUAUGAGGCGCAAACUUUUCUGCGUCAGUGUAUCAGGUAAUAUCGUUUGAUAUUACCACCAUUUCCUAAUAUGUUUCGCAUCCCGUUCGAGACUUCCUACUUUAGAUCUCCUCCUCGUACUUCAGUAACUAGUAAUCAGAUUUACAUCUAUUUUAAUAUCGCACCCUUAUAUAUUCAAAUGCAUUUCGCAUGAAAGCCCCCCCCCCACUCCAACUAGACGGAUGAAAGCAGAUUAUGCUGCGUAAUGUGGCACGCGUCUGAGACUCGAGCAUAAAUGCGGCAGCAGCGGCAAACAUUUUAGUUCAUUUACAUUCGGUAAAACAAAAAGCUGAUCAUGUUUUCGCGAUGUUGAGAAUACCCCCCCCCCU